AUGCAACAAGGGAAAAUAGUAAAUGAAACUUCGCCACUCCUUCAAAAUCCUAGCAUAAAUCAAGCUACAAAAUCGAAUGCACGGAAUGCUAUAUCAUUUGAAGAGAGAUUAAUUGAUGCUGAAAUUGAUACAGGAGAAAUAGAAGAUACGUUCUCAUGGAGAAAAUUAUGGAAAUAUACCGGCCCUGGACUCCUAAUGUCUAUAGCAUAUUUAGAUCCUGGCAACCUAGAAGCGGAUCUUCAAUCCGGUGCUGUUGCAGGAUACUCUUUGCUUUGGUUACUGUUAACUGCGCACAUUGCUGGUCAAUUAAUACAAUGUUUGUCAGCAAGAUUAGGUGUCGUGACGGGAAACCACCUCGCGCAACUGAUUAGACAGUACUAUCCGCGUCCAGUAUCCAUUGCAUUUUGGUUAAUAACAGAAAUUGCGAUUAUCGGUUCAGAUAUUCAAGAGAUAGUUGGAACAGCGAUCGCUCUUAAGAUUCUCUUUAGAAUACCACUUUGGGUGGGAACAUUGUUAACGGCAAUGGAUACAUUCACAUUUAUGUUAUUACAAAGCUACGGCGUGAGAAAACUCGAGGCAUUGUUCAUGGUAUUAAUUAGCACGAUGGCAAUUUGCUUUUGGAUUGAAAUGUUUAUGAGUGAUCCUGAUGUUGUAGAUAUAAUUAAAGGAACUUUAAUUCCUACUAUUCCAAGAAAGGCUUUUGUAGAAGCUGUGGCAAUUAUAGGCGCAUUUAUAAUGCCGCAUAAUUUAUAUCUUCAUUCGGCACUAGUAAUGACACGUAGAACAAAUAAUGCAUCUAAUUCCAAAAUCAAAGAAGCCAACUUUUAUUUUUCUCUCGAGAGUGGAAUAGCACUGUUUUUUUCCUAUUUAAUAAAUAUGGCGAUUGUUACAGUUUUUGCCAAAGUUUUUUAUUCCUCUAACGAAGAUAGGCCUUUACCAGGGUUAUAUGAUGCGGCUGAUGUUUUAGCAAACACCUUGGGAGAUGCAUCACGGUAUUUAUGGGCACUUGGGUUGUUGGCAGCUGGAAGUAGUUCUACAAUAACAGGAACUUUAGCAGGACAAUAUGUUAUUGAGGGAUUUUUUGGAAAAAUCUUUAAGAAACCAUGGCAUCGUCUUUUGAUCACUCGAUCUAUUGCAUUAGUGCCUUCUAUGUUUGUAGCAGUAUAUUCGGUUAAUAAUUUUGAUAACAUGGGAGAAAUUUUAAAUGUUCUUCAGAGUCUUUGCCUUCCUACAGCAUUGAUCCCAUUGAUGAAACUUACUAAUUCAAAAUCAGUAAUGGGAAAAAAUUUUAAAACCAAUGAUUUUUGGAGAUAUAUUUCAUGGAUUAUAACAUUAGUUAUUAUUGGAACAAACUUGAUUUUAUUUUUAGAGCAAUUAAAUAAGAUGCCAAAUUUAUUUUUAGGAUAUAUUUGUGGAGGAAUUUAUUUUGUUUUUAUAGUUUAUAUUACUUUUUUGCCAAUUAAAGAGACAAGAGAUCUUUUAAAGAUUAAUAAUAUCUCAGAUUGA